AUGUUAUUCAUACCUAUCAAUAAGCAGCACUAUGGAACUGGCAUUAAGAAGCGCAAAACACGUAAGAAAGAAAGUAAGAGAGAUAUGAUUCCUGCUUAUAAAGAAGAGGAUCUCCGGCUUCCUAAAAAGUUUGCAGAGCAAGUCCUUGAGCUAGAAAUUGAUGUGGAGAACAAUGUUUUCACAAUCAAGCAAAUUCAAAGAUUGAUGGCUCUCUACUCAAAAGCAGUUGAGUUCUAUAAUGGGAAAUCAGAUAGCAAAUACUUGUUUUAUCAAGAUAAAUUACAAAAGCUCAUUACCCAGGACAAAGUGCUGGACAUGCUUAAUUCAAAGGCCAAGCAUGACCAUCAAGAAAGCAAAGUUGAGCCAAAAGAAGAAGUAAAAACAGAUCCAAAAACCAAGAAAGAGCUUAAGGAGAAAAAGAAGAAUAUGAAAAUGAACUUGAUUAUCACCAACAAGCAGCUCAAAAAGCAUGAUGUAAAAACUGAAAUCAUUAAAAAGCAUGUUAGCGACCAAAGUAAAGAAGACGAAAUUAUUCAGAAUAACUUGAGUGCCCAGAAAGACAACCUCAAGAAAAGACUCGAAGAGAGAAGAAAGAGAAUGGCCCAGAAAAAUGUCCCAAAGGAAGAAGUGGGCCAGAAGAAGACCAAUUCAUCCACUCCUAACCAAAUCCCUGUUGAGAAAAGAGAAGGUGCAGAGAGUGAAGGCAAAACUAACUCUAGUGGAACCAACAGUGUUGGAGAUAACUGCUCGUUCAAAAUAAAUUUUGAUAGCCUCCAGGACGACAAAUUCUCAGACGAAUUAAUGAACCGACUGAUGAUCCUCCAAAAAGGAUAUGAUGAUAACGACUACGACAAUGACGAUCUCUUUAAUGAAGAAGCUGUCGAGGAAGAAAUUGAGAAAAUUUUAAACAAGUGCGAUGAAGAAGUAGAAAAGAUUCUCGAAGAAGACAGACAACAAAUCGAAUACCUUUAUGAAGAUAUCGCAAAUGAAAAGUUUGAAAAACUUGCAGAAAUUAAAGGAGAAUACAAAUACAGAAUCAAAAUGGCCAAAACUGAAGAAGAACAGCAAGAACUUGAGAAAGAAAGAGAUAUAGAACUUCAGCAAACAAAAAAUAAAUAUGAUCAAAUCAAGGCACAAAGAGUGCAAGAACUUAAGCAGAAGCAUAAAGAGAAUAAAGAUAAGAUCAAGAUCAAAAGAGAAGGAAUCAAAAAGGUUACUAAUCGAGUGCGAAGAAGUGCGAGUCGUAAAGCCUCUAGACUAGCUUCAGGAAUUGUUUCUCCCAGAAUCAAGAAAGAGAGAAGUGAUAAUCAUCCUACCUUCACUAACUUCAUGCCUAUUCAAAACCAGGCAGAGUUAAAGCAAGAUCUCACUAAGACUUUCGAAAGGAUGCAAGCCAAUAAACCAAUGGAGCUUCCUAAAGGUCCCAUCAACAUGAAUGCAUUGGUGAAACCGUCAAAUGAAGAAGAAUAAUAAUAUGAUAAUUAUCUAAAAUCAUCCCAAUAUUUUAUAAA